GAACACUAUACUUUGGAAAAUUGAAUACCAAAGAAGGCUGGAAAAAAGAAUUUAUCGCUUACUUGUAUUUAAAUAUUAUAUAAUGGAUGAUUUUUCUCCUUAGUUGGUUCCUUAUUUAUUGUUAGAUAGAAAAAUUUAAACUGCAAAAAAUGCUACUAAGAUUGAGAAGACGAUACGGCAAUAUAUCCUUUAUUAUUAUUCUUGUGCUAUUCGUACUAUUAUUUAUGAUGAGAGACCAGAUCGAACUGACAAAAAGACGAUUAACAAGACCUGUUUGUCGAUUACAAACUACUAUUUCAUCCUCAGUUGGUCCGAAAGAAAUUAAAGAGUAUACGUGUCAGAAUCCUGAUUGGCUCUUCAUGAAAAAUGGACGGGCUUAUGCCGUUAGCAAUAUCCUAUACAAACACAUUAAAUUCGAUUGUUCAUUUAAUCCUAUAAUGAAUACUGAAGAGGAGAAAGUUGAGGAAGCUAAAGUUAACUUUAACGAAGAGGAUGUUAGUUAUAAAUUACUACAUGAUUUAAAUGUAGCUAAAUGUUGGGUUAGAGGUGAGAAGUAUGUAGGAAUUUUUGGCUAUCCAAUUAGGGAUGAUGCUAAAUUAGCUAGAUUAUUAAAAAAACAUCCAAACUCCCAGAAGAAAUAUAAUAUUCUUGCUUUAUCUUUGCACGGUCUUUCACUUGCGAGUUUUGUUAGAAACUUUCCUAAUUCCUAUGGAUAUUUUAUUAAGAAUAUGAAAGGACGAUUUAUGAAAGGAUAUUCCGUGUCUGAAGGAACGCAAACAUCGGCUUUCCUCACACUACUCGCCAAUACACAAAUGAAGGAAAUACCAAAACAUGCUAAUUUCACUGGAGAAUAUAUUUGGGAGUCUAUUAAGACAGCUGGUUACGUCACAUUGUUCGCAAAGCACAGUACAGUUGAGUUGGAUAAAGUUUUGAAAUUCUCUAAAUACGGAAAAACUGCCGAUCAUUAUUUCGACUUUAACACUGACGGUCUUCUAUCGGACGAAAAAGCCUGUUUGGAAUCGAAAUUAUUCGAAACUAAGAGGUUAUAUAAACUAUUGACGGAUGUAUACAACGUCUACGAGGAUGUGCCUACAUUUUCAUUCUUUCACAUGAACUCUUUAACAACAGAUUCUAUGCAACAGUUAAAAAAUUCCGAUAUAGAAUUAUUAUCCACUUUGAAGCUAUUGAACAGAAAUAGCCUUCGAAGUACAAUUGUGUUCAUUAUGUCUGAUGUGGGAGAUGCGGCUGCACGGAAUCAUAUAUUCCUUAAGGACAAAAACUACGAAGAGAUUCAGCCGUUUCUGGGUAUUGCACUUCCUAAAAAAUUCAGGGAUGAACAUCGAAAUUUUUAUGAAAAUUUCAAGAUAAAUGAGAAUUAUUUAAUAAAUGGAUUCGAUAUUUAUGAAACUUUUCGACAUAUUUCUCAGAUUGGUGAUAGUAUGGGUAAAACCGAUAUUAACGGAAGAGGAAUUUCUCUAUUCAAGGCCAUUCCAAGUGAUAGAACUUGUGAAAGUGAACAGAUUAAACAAGAGUGGUGUCCGUGUUAUACUGUUCAAUAA